AUGCCCGGCUACUUCUUCCCCAGCUUGAAGAAGUGCUUUCCUGCCCAUUGUCCUGAUCCUUCACGAGCCAAUCGAAGCAUGACUGCUCCUCUUUGA